AUGAUCGCGGCCAAUCCCCCGCCCGACUUCGCACGGCGUGAACUACAGAAGAUCCUGGAGAGGGAGGGGCCUAUGGCGUUCCACGCCUUUCUGGAUGACUGGGGCAUCCGCUUGAGGCCUCAGGAGUUGAUCGAGAUUAGUUGGUUCCUAUCGCCUCGUGAAGAGCAUAUCUUCCUGGCUACAGUGCCCGACGCCAGCGAAGCCUCCUGGGCCCAGGGAUUCUGGGCUCCACCCGGGAGGUUGUUGGAGCUCUACCAGAAACAGGAGUUGGACCUGACCUGGGCAGAGUGGUAUUUGCUGCACGAGUUGUGUCAAGAGUUGCCUCAGUUCCAUGGCUUGCCCGAUUUGGUGGCAAAGUCUGGCAGCUGCUUGUGGUCAGGGCAAGCUCUCCAUUUGGUUCCUUUGUCACCACAUUCUUUGCUGCUCCCAGGGGAUGAGGACCAUCCGCAGUGCCCAGGGAAACGCGGUCAACGUCAUCGCUUGCACUUGAAAGCAAAAUUUCUGGUGAAUCGACAACGCUUGGUGGAACAUUUUCCAUGCUUUGGCUGGGUGGGUGCAGAUGUGCACAAGUUCCGAAUGGACAACUCGAACAUCCUUCGACCUCGCGUGUUCCCUGGCACCAUUUUCUGGUCUGGCGGUCUGAUCGCCAAUCUUCCACUUCCGGGAUUUUCCUGGUCAAGUAGCUCUAUUUCCCAUUUGUGGAGCUACGAAGGGUUUCUGGAGGAUGUGCGUGUGGUGGUGGAGGGUAUUACUGGCCUACUUGCCAUCUCCUCUGGAAGAAGCAUUCACAUCUUGGAUCCCUACACUCCGGCGAAGCCGCGUGUCUCUUGGAUGGAUGCGCACAAGGACACGAUCUAUGCCAUGCAUUUUGACCCGCAGACGGGGGUCCUCUUCAGCUCCGGUAAGGACCGGUGCAUCAAGGCAUGGGAAGUUCUGAACGAAGAGCUGUCGCUGAUGGGCACGGCUCCAGAGGCACAUCAGAACUGGGUAAUGGCCAUCCAGUUCAACCCCCAGAACAGGCUGAUGAUCACUGCUGGCGUUGAUGGUUUGGUGCGUGCCUGGCGCUUUGACAGUAGCGGCAAUUUCUCAGCUCUGGCAACCUCUGAAGAGGUUCAUGCAGAUGGGAUUUUGAGUCUUUGUUCAAAUAUGGCUUCAAAUAUUUCCAUCAGCUCUGGAAAAGAUGGAUGUUUGCAGCUCUGGCGUUAUCAGCCUGGCACUCUCCGUCAGGUAGCUUGCGAGGCUGACUGCAACCAUCAGGGCUGGGUGAGGGAUCUGCAGUUUGAUCCAUCGAGUGGAUUAGUGGUGAGCUCUGGUGAUGAUGGGGCGAUUCGUGUGUUCCGGUACAAGGAGGAGUGCUUCACAGCUAUAGCCGAGAUGCUCGAAGCGCACCCGAGUGGCAUCUUGGGUUUGCAGUUCUGCUCAAAGACGAUGCGUGUGCUCAGCGCGGGCGAAGACGGAUCGGUGAGAUCUUGGGCUUUGGAUUGCGAUGCCAAGAACAUCGUCCUGCAGGGGAAGGUGGAAGAUGCGCAUGAUGGUAAAACGGUUUCCCAUAUUCAGUAUGACUCCAGAAGCAAGCUGGUUGUUACAGCUGGCUCGGAUCUACACUUGCGUGCUUGGCUUCUGAGUGAUGAUCUGACCUUCACUGCAAUGGCGUCCUGCCAAGAAGUGGCUCCCAGCCCCUUCACCAUCCAUGUGCCGGACGACGUGUUGGAGGACCUCCGUUUGCGGCUGCAACGUGCGCGGCUGGUGCCCGACAAUGUGGGAGCGGGCUUGCGGGAUCCCAACGGAGCUUGGUCCUAUGGAACGGACAAGGUGACAUUGGAAGAAUAUGUGUCGCACUGGCUCAACAAAUUUGACUGGCGUCAGCAGGAAAAGAAGUUGAACUCGUUUCCACACUUCACUUUGCCCGUGAAUGGCCUCAAGACCCACUUCAUCCACCAGCGUUCGACGGACCCCAAUGCUAUCCCGCUGUUGUUGGUCCACGGCUGGCCCGGAUCCAUUGUGGAAUUCCUGAAGUUGCUGCCGCUUCUGAAGCGUUUCCACGUGGUGGCCCCCAGCAUCCCGGGCUACGGCUGGAGCGAGGCGCCCAGAGAGCCAGGGGCCUCGGUUGUUUUCAUGGCGGAACAUUUUGCGGAGCUGAUGCGAUUGUUGGGCUAUCGCCACUACUGCGCGCAAGGUGGCGAUUGGGGUGCGGUGAUUACCAGCCAACUGGCUGCCAGGCACCCGGAAAGCUGCGUGGCGCUGCAUGUGAACAUGUGUGUAGCAGUGCCAUCGACUUUGCCUGACAUGCUGAAGGCGAUCUUCACCAUCCCAUUCUGGACAAAGGCAGAAUGGGACGGUUUGAAGAGCACCUACUACUUCCACAAGUACGAGAGUGCUUAUCAGAAGAUCCAGGGUACGAAACCACAAUCCUUAGGUUAUGGUCUCAAUGACAGCCCUGUGGGAUUACUGGCUUGGAUCUUGGAGAAAUUUCAGACGUGGAGUGACAACCACGGGGGACGACCAGAAGACAGUGGUUUGACCAUGGAUGAAAUCUUGAGCGAUGUGAUGGUCUACUGGACGACGCAAAGUAUCACCUCCAGCUGCAGGCUCUACUACGAAACUCUGGGCUUGCACCCGCCGCAGCCCGGCAUACGCAGCUUUUCGCCCAACAAAGCGAUGGGGACCUACGUGGCAGUGCCCACUGGAGUCAUUUGGUCCCCGGCGGAGAUCAUCAAAGUGCCAAGGAAGGUGGCAGAACUUUGCUUCAACAUCAAGCAUUGGUCCACCCCUAGCCGGGGCGGCCACUUCUUUGCCUUCGAACAGCCGGAGCUGAUGGCCGAAGACUUGAAUCGCUUCUUCUUUGAGGUGAUACAUUUUCCAGAUUGCGUGUCCGAGGCCGCAUCUUCCACACGGGGACGCGGCUGGUGGCUGCUACUGGGCCUAGCUGCUGGUGGUGGAUUGUUGGCCCUGCGCAGUGAGGGCAUUCUGGCGUUACAACUGGAUUCGGAAGAGGAUAUUUGCAACUUGGAUGAUCUGGAUGUCCUGCCCGGGAGUUAUUGCGCGCAUGCGGACAGCAGCAUCACGGUUUGGCAGGUGGACGUUGGACAAGGCCAGCUGCGACACAUUGCCACAGAGGCCGAUGCUCACAGUGGCCGCAUUUUGGCCUUCUCCUUCACACAGGUGUCGAAGAUGCUUUGGACUGCAGGUGUGGACAAGGCGAUUCGUGCCUGGCAGCUACAGGGCCAGGAGCUGCGAAUGGUCAGUCGAUCCACGCAGUUCCUGAACAGUGGAGUGCUGGCACUCGCCUACGAUGCGAAGACAGGCAUUGUGCUUUCUGCUGGUAUGCGCGGUGAUAUCAAAGCAUGGCGACAUAGUGGUGAUCGCUUGGUGCCCAUCGAGCUCGAAUCUGUGGAUCACAGUGAGGGGCUGUUGAUGCUUCAGUUCGCUGGAUCGACGGUGAUCAGCGGUGGCCUAGAUGGAGCUUUAAGGGCCUGGCGUUUGACCUUAGCCUCCGUGAAACGUGUCAACGAGCCCAUGAAAGCGCACCAAGGUUGGAGUCGUGCCAUACACUACGAUCUGAAGAACGGCUAUGUGGCCAGCUGUGGGGACGAUGGCCAUGUGAAGGCUUGGACUUUGGACGGCGAGACCUUGAGACCUGCGGGAAGCGCGCUGGGAGCCCAUCCUGAUGGCGCACGUGGCGUGCUCAUCAAUGGAGGUCAUGGCUUAGUGCUCAGUUGUGGCGACGAUGGAGUCAUCAAGGCCCUCAAGAUGACAGAUUGGGCCUCCGAGCUGGUGAGUUCCGGCGAUCAUCCUGGCCCUGUCUUCAACUUGCAGUACUUUGACCCGCAGGUGGUGAGUUGCAGUGUGGAUGGGACUAUCAAGGCAUGGAAAAUGGAUCGUGAAGGCGCCUUGAAGUUCCAUGCCCAGUCAGCAGAAGAAUCACGGCCGACGCUCGCCAUGAAGUACGACCCCAGCACUCGCACGAUUUUCACAGCGGGCUUUGAUGGAGCAGUUCAAGUCUGGAGGUUGGAGGACCAUGGCAUUACUUUGCUGAGCUCCAUUCAGGCCCAUGAAGGUACCAUCCGAACCAUGCAGUUUGAUCGACCAGCGCGCACCUUGGUAACAGCUGGGGAGGAUGGAGCCUUGCGGGCUUGGCGCUUCAAGGAUGGGAAAUUGGCUAAACUGGCCGUACUGGAGGAGGCUGUGGGUAGCGAGAUUCACGUCAUCGCAUAUCUUGGCCGCAAAAACAUGGUCAUCGCCGCCUGCGCGGAUGCAUCACUGAGGGCAUGGGAGAUGGUGAACAAGACCUUCAAGGAGGUGUGCAAAGUGGAAACGGCCCACGUAAACGUGAUCAACGCGAUGCACUACAAUGCUGAGCUAAGCACCAUCUUUACUGCCUGUCAUUCGGUGCGAAUAUGGAAGUUCGAGUCAAAGUUGUCGGAACUCCAUCACCUUCCAACUCCCUUCGGCCAGCACUCGGUCACCGCGCUGCGCUACAGUCAUGCCCUGAGUUUGUUGGUGGGUUGCAGCACCACAGGUGCCAUAUCAUCCUGGUUUUACUGUGGAAGUGGUCCACCGUUGGCGCUGUGGCAAGUGGAAAGUGCCCACGUGCGCGGCACUGUAUCGGAAUGA